CGAGGUGUGCUCUGUAUCUCUUUGUCUUCAGCCCAAGUCACCGACACCAAAGGAGCUUUCAUUGUUGAGGUUCCUCAGUGCUGAACUAACAAGAGGGUACUUCCUUGAACAUAAUGAGGCCAAGUAUACAGAAAGAAGAGAAAGAGUGUACACUUGUAUGCGAAUACCAAGAGAAUUGGAAAAGCUCAUGGUGUUUGGAAUCUUCCUGUGCCUGGACGCAUUUCUGUAUGUGUUCACCCUGCUUCCGUUAAGAGUUUUCCUGGCGCUGUUCAGGCUCUUCACUCUGCCUUGCUAUGGCUUAAGGGACAGGCGUUUGCUGCAGCCGGCCCAGGUGUGUGACAUUCUGAAGGGUGUCAUUCUGGUCAUCUGCUAUUUUAUGAUGCACUACGUCGACUACUCCAUGAUGUACCACCUGAUCAGGGGGCAGUCGGUCAUCAAGCUGUACAUCAUCUACAACAUGCUCGAGGUGGCAGAUCGCCUGUUCUCAUCAUUUGGUCAAGACAUACUAGAUGCUCUCUACUGGACAGCAACGGAGCCCAAGGAAAGGAAAAGAGCCCACAUCGGGGUGAUCCCCCACUUCUUCAUGGCUGUUCUCUACGUGUUUUUGCAUGCAAUUCUCAUAAUGGUUCAGGCAACGACUCUGAACGUAGCGUUUAACUCACACAACAAGUCCCUGCUCACCAUCAUGAUGUCUAACAAUUUUGUUGAAAUUAAAGGAAGUGUUUUCAAGAAAUUUGAAAAGAACAAUCUUUUUCAAAUGUCCAAUAGCGAUAUUAAAGAGCGAUUCACAAAUUAUGUGCUUUUGCUAAUAGUGUGUCUAAGAAACAUGGAACAGUUUUCCUGGAAUCCAGAUCAUCUCUGGGUGUUAUUUCCAGAUGUCUGUAUGGUGAUUGCGUCAGAAAUUGCUGUGGAUAUUGUAAAACAUGCCUUCAUCACCAAGUUCAACGACAUUACUGCAGAUGUCUACAGUGAAUAUAGGGCCAGCCUUGCUUUUGACCUUGUUAGCAGUCGACAGAAAAAUGCAUACACUGAUUACAGCGACUCGGUGGCACGGAGGAUGGGCUUCAUUCCUCUUCCACUGGCUGUUUUACUCAUCAGAGUUGUAACAAGCUCAAUUAAAGUGCAAGGAAUCCUGUCUUAUGCCUGUGUCAUACUCUUCUAUUUCGGGUUGAUAUCCCUGAAAGUACUGAAUAGCAUUGUGCUAUUGGGAAAAUCAUGCCAAUAUGUGAAGGAAGCCAGAAUGGAAGAGAAGCUGUUUAACCCUCCUCCCACCAGCACUCCCAGCAAACCGUCCAGUAAAUCACAGAGCAAAUGCAAACCCUCCCAAGAAGAAAACCUGUCCGCCUCAGUCACCACCCAGCCCAGCCACCAAAAGGAAAAUGUCCCACCACUACUGGUGACCAGCAACUCCGACCAGUUUCUGACAACUCCGGACGGUGAGAAGGACACAGCUCAGGAGAACUCGGAACUGAAGCACAGGUCCGCGAAGAAGGACUUGCUGGACAUAGACCGGUUCACAAUUUGCGGAAACCGGAUUGACUGAGUUCUGCGGCUCCGUGUGCUGGGCGCCGGGUCCCGGGGCCGCCAGGCUGCGCUACCGGGCGGACAGUUGCAAAAGCGGCACUUAAGUAUUUAUUUAAAAACUUAAAUUAUUAACGGAAAGCAAAUCUUAGUAUCUUCCAGCAAUGUGGUCUGGUUGAAGGUCAGGUCACGGAACAGCAGCGACCUCCAGCCUUGACUGCUUGGGGGCUCCUCCUGCCCCGAGAAGCAGUGGUCAAUUCCAGUCCAACGGAAACAGCCUCAAAACCACUCUGCUCUGUCCGUCUGUGCUUCCAGAACAUCGGACCUGGCCGGGGGUCUCUGCGGCGUGAGGACGUCCACCUGGGAACCCGAAGCUUUCUCCGUGACUUGGCCUGCCUUGUCUCACACUAGUUUCACAAGCAGUUUGAAACUUGACUUCAUCUGCCAAAGCGUUUUAGGAAGAUAAUUGAACUUAAGGCAAGAUAAUUCUCACCACAGAAUAAUCCUCGGAGAUGUACCUGAAUGCAUCAGAAAGAAAGGCCACCUUAAAUAAGACGUGAUGAAUAGUAGCAUUUUAUAGGAAAAAAAAGCCCUAAGCCCGUUUGUCUAUUUAAAAUAUACUCAUUAAUGAAGGUCAUGCAUCACUGAGAAAAUGUGUUAUAAUUUUUCAGUUUACUCUUUAAAGGAAAGUGGGAGCCGUGUGUUGUUUGAUUGCUGUGGAUGAAAUAGAAAUUACCUCACGAAGAGGUGCUUUUAUACUGAAAAAGCAGAACGGUGGUAACUUAAAUGCAUAGUUAACUGGUGUCACUUUAAAACUAAUUGCUCCAUCAACCGUUACAGUUAAAAGGAUUUAGUAUUGAAUAGUCUGAAGAACUGUACAAAAUUCAAAGGUGUCCACCAGAACUGAGUUUUUAAGUAACAGUUUUAAAGUACAUGAGUGGGUUUGAGCAGCAUCGACUUGCUCAGGCUUAGAAAGUGCAUUAGCCUUUCUGUCUGGCGUGUCCAUGGUGUGCACAUGCUGGGCACAGGUCUGUGCUCUGUGGGAGUGUCUGUGGGAACAUGUGUCGGGUGGGGAGAUGGGGCUGUGGGCUGUGCCUGUGCUGCGGGGAGAGCGUGCGUGGGGUGUGUGGGUGGCUGGCUGGGUGUGGGGACGUGUUUGUGUGUGGAUGUUGGGAACAGCAACCAAAAGGUGCUUUUUGGUUUUGUUUGGGGUCAGAUUCCAUUUCUGCUUACAUCCUGGAUUUGUGGCCUGCACCAUAGAACAAUCUAUUUUCUACCCCCUUUUAUCUUGAGAAACCUUCCUGCAUCUUUCUGAAGAUUUUGCAGCCUCCAGUUUCAGAGCGUCCAGAGGUCACUGUAACUGUUCUUUCCUUUGACGUUCUUGUUUUGAAGUUCGGCUCCUGUGCUGCUAUUUGGGGCAUAGUAUAUGCAGGGGUAAAUUUGGGGGGAUUUGUUUGUUUCCUGGUUGAAACAUAAAACUAGUGAAUGCUCUGGCUUUUCAUAUGACAUACAAGUUAAUUUUAAUGUUUUGCAUUAACUAAAGAAAUCUGAAGAUUAACGUUCACAUGGGGUAAAAGGAAAACUGUACAGAGAUGCUUUUGUGAGACCAUGAAGUACUUAGAGUUAAAAAUGAAGACUUUUAAUGGCUUUGUGUAUGUUUCAUUGAAGCCCUGUUUUAGAAUUUUUUUUCCCCUCUUCUUUUCUCCACGAAAAGGAACAGUGUCCACGAUGAAUAGAAAUAGCUUGGGGGGAAACUUUGCCAAACAGCCCUGAUCAGAGCAAGAAUAUGAUGGGGGAGUAUCUUUCAAUUCAGCUCGAAUUACUCUGUUACUGUGCUGUCAAUUCCGCAAAAUUUUAAUCUCCUUUGCAGAAUAUAUUGGGAGUUCAGAACAAUGUUCAUGUCUUCUGUCAAAAUGGCAUCCAGUACUAAUUUUAUAAGUGCAUCUUGUGUGAAACUCAAUAAAUUCAAUUUUGUAAUCUUUUUUUAAAAA